GUCCUGGGCGACCAUGGCACCAUCCAUGUGACGCACUUACUGUACUUUGAAAGUAAGAGUGGCAACCCUCCAAAGGACAUGCAAAGCAACAGUCAACAUCCAAGCCAGUAGCUAGCUAGAUAGUCUAGUAGUGAUGAAGUUUCUUCUUUGGUUGUCUGUGAUUUGUGUGGUGUGCUGUACGGCUUCCGGAGCUUUUUCUACAAUAAGAAUUGAUAAUAGAAGUCCAAGUCAAAGAUGCUUGCAUCCAAUAAUAAGACAACGACGGCGAAGAUCAUCCGUGGUAGUACUACAUGAUUGGGGCUGGGGUCCUGGACAAUCGCGUCCUCCUGCCUUGGACAACAACAUUAAUCGACAACCACCAGUGGUAGCGGAUGACGAUAUUUUUGUGGUGGAACAACAAGUGCGAGCCAGUGCUCAAGCCCGCGUGGAUCAAGCCAGUGUGACUCGCGCCGUGGAACAAGUCUCACCUCCCGUCGUAUCGACCUGGAGUAUUUCCGUGGCGGCGGGAGUGGCAGCAGGGAUUGCCUGUUUGGUCGCCACACAAAGUUUGGUUUUAGCGGGCAUGGCCACGGCAGGAAUUGCCUUUGUCGCCAGUCGCAAUCCCACUGAAGAAGACAAUCCUGUUGGGGCCAUUGCUAGGAUGUUGGGCCGGAAAACACUCGAUACAGUCGUCGAGGUCACCCCCAAGGCCAAGGCACUGGCACGGGUUGCUCUUUCGGGACAAGAUGAACUCGACCAACUAAGGAUGGAAAAGGAACAACUCCAAACCGAAGUGAAGCAAUUGCGAUUGUGGAAGGCACGGCGGACUUGGAUUGAUGAACGAGGACCCGAGUACAAUCUACAACAACUCAAAGAGCUGGCCCGACAAAACAAUCUAUUGGUGGGCGGUACCAAGUCGCAGAUACUCAUGCGAUUGAUUGAAGCUAGGAUUAUUCGAAUUGAUUGAUUGAUUUUACAUGGAGGUACUGAAUGGAAGUGCUGAAUGAAUGAAUGGAUUGAAUAGAAAGAAAACGAAAAGAAUAGGAAACGAAAGGAAGGAAUAGUGAAAGUGAAGAAGGAUGCUAUGAUAGAAAGAACCUGCUUUUUCCAGAAGCUGCCACCCACCUUUGCGCUACCGAUGGGCGGAGCUGACAAAUUAUACCCAACAAUAAACGUGUCUCAUCAAGGCAGACAAGUAUGGUAGUGCCACGACGAACGAACGAACGAAAAGCGCAUCUCGGAUGUUUUCAAUGGCUGCAACUCAUGCAUCACACAGAGCCUCGUUACAACUGGAGAAGAGCUGCAUGACAGCUUUUUUGUCGCCGACGGCAGCUCGUGGUGGUGCUGCCACCCGAAGAUGAGCUGACGAAUUCCUAGCUAGUAGCGGAGAGGUACCGAUACAUGCCAAAACUAGAAUAUGCAAAGACUAUCUUGCUAGCUAGAACGUACCAGUGCUUAUGACCGUAAUCCGGAGG